AUGGCGCAUAUAGCGAAGCUUGGUGCUCUGACCGAUGAGCUGGUAGCAUUGUUGACUUCGGCUUCUGCAGAUGGCGAACCCGCAAAGUUCAACGCUCAUAAAGAGUCUGCCCUCCGAGCUCUGCGAAAUCAUAACUAUCCGCGGACGAAUCAAUUCGAUGUUUGGAACCGCCUGGAUGGCCUGGACGAGAAAUUCCGCGUUUACAAUGAAGACCAGUUAGCAGACGCCCUGAAAGAGCGGCUUCAAAAAAUCUCAAGAUUGGAGGGGAAAUGGUCAUCUGAGAUAUUACAUUUGCUUCUUGAGCUAUCCGAUAAACCGCUUGCAAACUCCAAGCUCAAAGACCUCGACUUGUUAAAAGAGCCGGAGCCGCAGACGGAGACCCCGUUAAGAUGGAAGGAUCUCGCUGCCAAUGAUCCUCUACUUCGGGACAAACAUGUGUGGCGAAACGUAGAUUUUGGUGCCGAGAGCUCUGAUGAAGAUGGCUUAUCUGAUAUAUCUAUGCCAACCGAGACCACCACUCAAUCAAGCGUCGAGGAUGAUGUGGACAUUCAUCCCAAUGACCAUGUAGUGGACGUUUCCAGCGAGGAGAAAUUGAUUGAACUACGAGAGGCCCAGUUCUGGCUCAAAACUCCGAGUAUCAAUGGGGUCAAACUGGAAACGGUAAAGAAACCUAUCACAGAGCUCCAGGCCAUUCGUGAAGUCCUGUUCAUGCUCGCCGGAUUUCCAACUUCGUUAUUUGAAGUAAGGACUGAGGGUUCUAAGAUUUUUGAACCUUGCAAAGGCUAUGCUCUCAGGCAUGCAUCCCCAGAUUCUUUCCGGAAGUUGCUCAAGUCUUUGGCUGCCGAUGGCUCAUCUAUCACCUUCUUAAAGUCCUGGGCCAUUCGCCCCCAGCACAUACCAUUGCUUCAAGUCUUUCAAGCCGCCAUCCUGAAACAUAUUGCGGAAUUCGAUGGUCUGCUAUCUCGGAUUCAGGAGCGCUUUGUUGACCCUGCUGAUGAUGUUGUUGUUAGUCUUUUACUUGUUAAAGAAGAGAUCAGUUCAUAUAUAAGAUCGUUGAUCUGCUUGUCUGAACUCACCAAGAGACUGGAUACAGAACCAUACGCGCAUGCUUUUCGAUACUUAGAGAUGUUAUAUGAGCAGGCUAGCAUCUCACAAAUGGGUGGCGACGAAGAAAUGUAUGCCUUCAUGGGGACGCUCUUCUUCGAGUGUUUUCAGGUAUACCUCCGUCCGAUUCGGACCUGGAUGGAAGAAGGGGAGCUAGAGAAGGAGGACAAGGUUUUCUUCGUUGCAGAAUCUUCAGGAGAGAUGGACACAUUAUCCAUCUGGCAGGCUCGAUUUAAACUUCGUCAGACUCAGGAUGGUACAUUACACGCUCCAAACUUUCUUCAGGCCGCCGCUGGCAAGAUUUUUACUACAGGCAAGAGCGUCGUAGUUCUCAAGCAUCUUAAUAAAGUCUCUUUGAUGGAAUCUUUUGAGAGGAUCCUUGAACCGAGCUUGGAUUUCGCAACAUUGUGCAAUCCCGCGGCCCUCCAACUGGUGCCUUUCGUCGAGCUCUUCGAUGGAGCAUUCGAUGCCUGGAUUCGAAGCAAACAUCAAUAUGCUUCAUCCACCCUUCGUAAAAUUCUCUUCGAUCAAUUUGGGUUGUGCUCUUCGCUUGAUGCCCUUUCUGGAAUUUAUUUCAUGGCUGAUGGAGCGCAGGGGUCAGCAUUUACCAACCCCUCGUACGACAAAUUGGACACUCUGGAUGUUACUUGGAACGACCGAUUUGCACUUACUGAGCUUGCUCGAGGAGCUUUUGGCACAUUGCCAUCCGUCAGUCCUGAUCGUCUUCGGAUUGCAGUUUUGCCUCUGAGUCGAAAAAACCAGGAUAUCGGAAGAUGCAGGAGAACUGUCAAGGUCUUGUCGAUCAUUGAGCUCAAAUACCAGCUCUCUUGGCCUAUCCAGAUCAUUUUGACUCCUGACACUAUAUCUUCCUAUCAGCGGAUAUUUACCUUCCUCAUUCAGAUUCGCAGAAGUUCCCACAUUCUCUCCCGCCAACGAUUAGCAACCGACCUUCUUACGAUAACAAGCAGCUCGGACGAACGCUCUCUUUAUUACUCACUCCGUACUCGGCUGCUCUGGUUCAUCCAAGCGCUCUAUUACUAUAUCUCUUGCCUUGUACUGGAGCCAAGCUCUUGCAAAAUGAGAGAGGAUUUAGAAGCAGCCGUCGAUAUAGACUCUAUGGUCCAAGUCCAUUCCUCAUAUAUCAAAUCCACAGUCAACCAAGCGUUACUUGGCAGCAAACUGGAGUUGAUUCACAAAACUAUUCUCAAGAUUCUCGAUCUAGCGAUCAAACUCGAGGAUGCACAGGCUGCUAACGCUGCUGGGGCUAAAGAUACCAUGGACCGACAACAGGAAAUGAUGGACUUGUCAAUGGCAAGUUUAGGUUUACAUACUCCGCAGAAACCACGCCGCCCGUCAAAAUUCAGCCCGAGGAAUCUUAAGGUGGCUAAUCCCAAGGAUGAAGCCUCCAGCGACGACGAAGAAAAAGAUAUCGAUCUAAGUAUUCUCUCAUCCACUCUACUCGAAGGUGAUGAGACAGAACUAUCAUAUUUUGAGAAGCUUCUAGAAAUGAGAGCCGACUUUGAUAGAUUGGUGCGAUUUGUGGCGAAUGGGUUGAGGGGUGUUGCUAGGGCUGGUGGGGGGCAGGAAGCGAGGAGUUGGGACACGCUGGGGGAGAUGCUCGAGGCUGGGCUUGGGGAUGGGAAUGGAUCGAUAGGACGAUCGUACUAG